CACGCUUCAGACAUCUUAUCUUCAGAUUUAUCUUACAUCACCGACUUAAAGUGACCAAUUUCUUUAAAAGUCUAUAUUCCAAUGGUAACAGUGUAGCUGCAAGGACUCGGGAAUGAUGAAAUUGCUGUUCUGUCUGCUGGCAUUUAUUGCCGUUACAGAGGCGAAGACCAACUUUCAGGAGCGUCUACGUGAUUUCUUUGUGCAAGUCAGUAAAAAUGAAACGCUUCUUCAAAUGUACAGGGAGCACGAACGCCAAUAUAUCGAGGCCCGGGAACGAUAUCUGCAUCACAAGAAUAGAACUGGGAGAGCAGUGUCACCUUUUAAUUGUAUGCAAAGCUACCCGAUGACCUAUUCACAACCUACUUCCGGUAAGAACUGCAUUUUCAUCAAGGUAUACAACCUACUUCCGGUAAGAACUGUGCAUUUUCAUCAAGGUAAACAACCUACUUCCGUUCAUACCCUGAGACCAGAACAAGUCAGUGUGAUUGCAGCGAUGGGAGAUUCUCUCACAGCUGGGAAUGGUAUUCUUGGGAACAACAUCCUAGACUGUCUUACCGAAUACAGAGGCCGAUCAUGGAGCAUUGGUGGAGACUUGAACUUCGAGCAAGGUGUUGAAACAUUACCGAAUAUCUUGAAGAAGUUUAAUCCAAUGAUCCAUGGUUACUCUCUUGGAAAGUGUACCGAAACAAACUACGGCUGUUCACAACUGAACGUUGCUGUUGCCGGGGAGACAUCGCAAGACAUGCCAGAUCAAGCACGUGACCUUGUGAGCCGUCUGCAUAAUCCAAACUUUGGCGUAGACUUGAUAAAUGAAUGGAAAGUCAUCACAGUUUUCAUUGGAGGAAACGACCUGUGUGACGUCUGUAAUAAUCAAGCCAUUCAUUCACCAAGUAGUUAUGUGACUAAGAUCGAGGAAGCUCUUGAUAUUUUGCACCAGAAUGUACCGAAAGCUUUCGUGAACCUCGUGCAGAUCUUCGAUAUCACACCACUGGCAAAAGUAUCACAAGGCUUCUUCUGCAACCUCAUCACAUCAUCAGUAUGUGGCUGCGCUAAGAACACAAACAACAAUGCCAUGCUCCAGGCAAAUUCCCAUGGCUACCAAGAUGAGCUAAAACGUUUAGUUGCAACCGGAAAGUACGACACACGAGACGACUUCACUGUUGUUCUUCAGCCAUUCUUCGAAAACACAGAACCAGUCAAAGAUCACACCGGAGGCUAUGAUCUGGCCUAUUUUGCGCCUGACUGUUUCCACUUCAGCGACUUAGGAGCAAAUGCUGCUGGCAAAUCCCUCUGGAACAAUAUGAUUGAGCCAGUUGGACAAAAACAGAGAGCUUGGCAUCUUCAAGAGCCCUUCCACUGUCCACACAUACAGGGAAAAGCUGAUGGCGUCUUCAGGACUUCCAAGAACUAGGACAGUACAGUACGAUGUCAUCUCCUUUUUUAUUUUCAGUUGUAGCAACCGGCUGAUUGUUUUGAAUAAAGUAUUUUUAUCCGUGAA